UUUUAAUUGAGGAAACAUAAAUCGCUGAACUCUGAUCUCUCUCUCUCCUCUAAAUCCCUCCGCCGCUGCGACCACCGUCGCCGUCUACCGUGGGUGUCUCAGAUAAUCUCUGGUUCUCAGAUCAACUGAGUGUUGCUUCAAGUAUCGGAUACAAAAAUGGAAUUAGCUGAUCGGGCAGUCGGGUUUCUAUUGUCUUCCAUCAGCUUAUCCAUAUUCACUUACUAUACUUUCUGGGUCAUCAUCCUGCCGUUUGUAGAUAGCGAUCACUUCAUCCACAAGUAUUUCUUGCCCCAAGAGUAUGCAAUUCUGAUACCCGUAUUUGCAGGUGUGGUUCUCCUCUCCUUCCUCUGCAUAUUUAUCGGGUUUGUGAUUCUCAAAUCGAAAAAGAAGAAGGCUUGAUUCGAGUAUUGAGUCCAUCUCCACGGAUUAGGGUUUCUUCUGGUUGUUUCUGCUUCAACUGUGACUGGCCACAGGCCAUUGAACUUGAAAUGGAGUGUUGAUCUGUGAGAGAGACACCCUCAUAUGUUUGUAGGGAGUCCACUCUUCUUGUGAAUGCAACCUUUCUUUUAACCUGUGAUCAUUGGGAACUAGCUACCUGAUACAUGGAGAACCAAUUCCCAUGCCCUUUGAUUGAAAAUUCCAAUCUUUCACAUA